AUGUGGCACAGCAAUGCUGAGGCCCUGCUUAACUAUUCUUUUGGAUCGUGUCAAAAGCGAGAAGUCUUUCCUUUCUACACUCCUUCAGACUUGAUGGGGAACAAGUAUCCUCCUCUGAGAGGAGUUCCCCACAGAGGACCUGGAAGAUACAUAACAGAAGAUAAAUAUGGGUUGGCAGAAAACCUCGCUAAGAUCCCAACCAGUAAAAAAGGAUAUGCUCUUGGAGCCAGAACAGGUUUCAGAUUUCAAGUAAUCAACAAGAAUGCAACAUUUUACCCAGGCAUGUACCAGACAGUACCUUCUCCUGAUGAAAGACACAAGCAGGCUUUUGUCCCAUUUAAUGUCAUGUUGCCUCGAUGUAGAAAGUAUGAUUCAGAAAAGGACUUUUAUCCUGGGCCUGGCUCAUACAACCCAGAGAUAAAGCCUCCUCGAAAAGUUACUUGGCCAAUGAAAUUUGGAUCUCCAGACUGGGCUCAGGUUCCAUGUCUGCAGAAAAGAAGCUUAAGAUCAGAGCUACCCACAGACAAAGACUUUAGAAAACAUCGGAACCGUGUGGCCUACCUAAGUCUAUAUUAUAAUUGA